GAUGAAUUUGGGAAUGUGACCGGCAAAGAUAUGACGGAUAGCAUUGAAGUUCAUGUGAAAGGCAACAAUGGAGCUGAGCUGCCUAAACUCCAGGGCAAUGAGAGUAUGAUGCAGUUCCCGUUGAAUAAAGGCUUUUGCUUCAUACAGAACAUCUCAAUUCAAGAGAAUUCGCCAGGACAUGAUGGAAGUGAGUACAAUUUACACUUCUCAUUGAAGAGCAAGGGACCUGAAGUGAAGCCGUACAUUCAGCCAUUUCUGUUUUGUAAUGAUCCCGCGAAGCAGCAGGAGAUGUCUCAGCUGUUGAAGGAGAGAGACACACUCACUGCUUCUAUCAAGGCGCACAAAGAGCUGUUUAAAAAGGAACAACAGCAUCUACAGAUGCUCGAAGAAUCUGUUAAGGAUGCUGCAAAGAAUGAGCUCGAGUUACAAAAAGAGUUGAAACUAGUUGGAGUCCAGGAUGCACAGAUAGCAACGAGAAAAGGAGUGGAAGAAUUAAUGACAUCUACUAAAAAAAAAAUUGAAGAGAGACCAAGAAGAAAAUGCGGGAUGCCGCCAUACGAGACACGGGAUGGUGAAAUACUUGGAAAGGUAGCACACCUGGUUGAGGUAGAAGAAGAGAAUGUUGCCUUUGUGUUAUCAUGGCAUAUGGCCUAUGAUAUGAACUGCGUCCUCACCACCACAGACGCCAAGGCUGAAGAGGUCUUUGAAAACACAGGAGGGCGUCAACAGGUUCUCUCCAUAGAGUCAAUCUACAGGAAAGGCCUGACUGAGUGGGACAAGCCUCUACCGCACAUGGGAGUACCCACCCAGCAUCGUCGAACCCCAUCAGGCAACCCUGUGUAUGCAAGGCACCUUUUAAGGUUCACAGGUCAUGAAGCCUAUUGUAGGAUAGCCUUCAGUCUCUUGCUACACGAUACCGUACUCUUAGAUACACUGAUAGACGCAAAAGCAUACAGACAGUCAAUUGUGAAUUACAUCCCCUGCCCCACGCUCCUCACUCGCAAAGGCGACUGUAUUCGUGGCAACGGAAAGUUCGGAGGACUUGAGAACCAUUGUCCGUUAGACCUUCGGGGACGCGUCUUUGGUGAACCUCCUCCCAAACAGUUAAAAUCACUGGAGAAGCAGAUGGAAAUCCUGGAGCAGAUCAUGCAUGCCAUGGAGAGUCGUGAGCUGAUUCAAGUCGAAUACAAUGACCAGGAGGCGGCCCUAAGAUCAGGGGAUAUGGUUACCAAGCAGCGGGAUUGCCAGGAGGAUGAGGAACAGCUUGGUCUCAUCAACCAGAAAAUCAAAUCGGCUGAAGCUUCAAGCACAGAUCAUUCUCCGAUUCCAAUGUCCAUCACAUCUUCCAACUCAAGUGGGCAGUCCACGUCCAGAGGAACGACAAGACGGUCAGCACCCUCUGUGCCAGAGGCUCCUCCAACCAAAAGAAGGAAACCCUAAUUGUAUGACCCUCCCCCUUCAGCUGUGAUGUGUUUGCUUCAUACACCCGGUCCCCUCUCCACCAAGUGCUCUCCACCAUUCCACACUGCCAAUGUUUAUACUUCAAUACCUAUAUGAAGCACAGUAAACGUCAUUUGUGUGUUCAAGAUUGUCUAUAAGAUUUGUAUUCGAAACUCAAGUUCUUGUAAAAAAUUGUGGGCAUACCACCUUUAUGUAGAUUGAUAUAAAGUAACACUGUUCUGGCUUUGAGCAAACACUGUCUUUUAGUGAUCUUUCCAGAUAUCUGCAAAUGGUCGACACUUACCCUUGAGUACGAACAGCCCAUGGCAGCCAUCUUGUGCUGAAUGUUGUUUGGAUGUGUGAUGAUGUAUUCUGAAAUGUGGAAAAAAUAAAUAGAAUAAUGAUAUUACCUCAUUUCCUCCUUUCUAACUCAUUUUUUUUCUCUGUCUCUCUUGCUCUCUUCUUUUAUUUUGUUGUUUGUUUGUUUUGUUUUGUUCUUUAAAAUCUAUUUUUUUAUUCAGGAUAGACUUUGUGUAUGUGUGUGUGCGCGAUGUAAAUACCAAUUAAUAUCGUGAACCUCCAUGCGUGCUUCUGUUAUAUGUACUUUGACUGGGGACUAGGGUCAUGGGGGUAAUAUGAUAGUGCCUUAUCUGUGUACAUAUCAUAGUUAAAGAUAUUUAUAGCAAUUAAGUAUCCAAUAGUCGGAAAGGAUUACUUAAAUCAAAGUUACAGGCAUUGAAUAAUGAUUAGCCAUUAAGUUAUUGUCAGUUUUAUCAUCCACUAAACAAAUGGACUUUUGAAUAUGACAUGAUAAACCAACCAUUUUGUCUCUCUGUUUUAGUAGGAACAUAGAUUUUAGUAGUCACAUCCAAUAAAAAUAUUUUAAAUUGUAGAAGGAAAAAGACUAAUUCCCUCAUGGAUUUAUUUUUUAGGUAAACAUUAAUUUGUUGUAAAAAAAAAGAUGUAUAAAUUGUAUGGUAUUACUUUUUGUCACUUGUCAAUAUAUGCAUAGUCGGAGAGCAUCUUCGAAUUUUAGUGUUACAAAUUAUAGAUGCAUAUCUUUAAUAGAUUUUAUCUAUAUUUCAACAUUUGACGGAUUUUGUUUUGAUGUAUAUAUAAUUCCUAAUCAACACUGUCUGGGUUUUAAUUGAACCAUUGUUUAACUUACAAGCUAGAGAAUGACACAUGUUUAUGAAAUUGUAAUCAUUCAUCUUUUCAUACAAUUUUAAAACACAUGGAUGAAAUAUAAACCUGAAAUAACUUAUGCAAAUAGGCAAAUAAGACUGACGUUUAAAACAAUAGUCAUAACUGAGCUGAUAAUAUGAGCUAUCUUGUCAUUUUGAACCAAAUAAUUAAAUUUAGACUUUCGUUCCUUUGGUAUAAACUUGAUAAUGCAUAUUA